AUGAUAACCCGCGACGGCUCGCGCUUCAAGGUAAGAAAGAACCAACUGACUCCUCGCACCAGGAAUAGCUUUGUUUUGUUCAAAAGUCAUGAUGAGACUUUUGACGUUUUACUGGGAUUAAUAAUGGAUGACCUGUUGACGGCUGUACAAACAAAGCGCGUCGAAGUGCUAUCAGAAUCGGCAAUACAAAGCGCUGAUGCUACAGACCAAGGAGCUCCAUCCACCAAGGAGAGUACAAAUGAGGACAAUAGACCAGAAUCUCUAUUACAGCUUCUUCAAGAGCAACCAACCGAGCAGGAGCUUUACCAGAUCUUGAAAUCUUUGGAUCCAUCACGAGCUGGAAAUGGAAGCCCAUCUUUUGACAUACGACUACCCAGUCCACUUGAAGGACAAAUUCUUCAUAUCCUGGUCAAUAAGACAAUACCGGAUCAUUGGAGCAAUAUUGAAAAAGGAAAUUUGAAAACUAGAGGGGCACUUUUGAGAUGCUUCUCCAGCGUUGUAGGGCUACGAGCUCUGGUGGGAUACACUCAGAUUUCCAUUAAUGCAAUACGGUCCAUCUCAGCUAAGGAGAGAGAAGCAGGGAGGAUCUCGGCCUUAAAGGAUAUUUUAUCAUUCACCUCCACGCUCUUGAAACCCAAAGAUUUUAUUUCGCGUGUCUAUCAAGACAACACUAUUAUAUAUGACACGGACACCAAACGACGUGUAGCUUGGUCAGAGUUCUGCUCCCUUCUAUCGGGAGGGAAGAUUCUUUCCACAGCUGCCGAAGCCUUGAGUAUCAUCAAGGACAGCAAAGAAGGCCAUACAAAAUCGUGGAUUGGCGACGGUCACGCCUUCUCUGAGUGGCUUGGCAAAAAUAUGAGCUACAUGAUCGUUCAAGGUGCUCAUGGCGACAAUGAUCUCUGGAAGUCUGCAGGUCUCAUGGUUGGUCGUGCGACGGGACUCGGCUAUACCGAUCAGUUUGUCCACGAACUAUAUACAGGUGUGAUUGUGGACGGUAUCAUCUCAUCGUCUUGGGGCCUUUGCUUUCAACAUCUUCGGCAUCAUGAACGGAGUGCGAUUUUGCAGAGCAUCUUGAAAGAUAUCCAAAAACAAUACUUUGUUACAGAUGAAAGGAACAUCCAAUCAACAAGCUCGGUUGUAGGCGGAGCCGCUGCACUUGUACAUGAAGUUCUAAAACACACCGUCAGUCCUCAAGAGACUCUUCGAUCAUGGUUGUCGAAUGCAAGCGCCAAUGUAGUCACCACUUUCGGUUUACGCCGUGCUCUUGUUUUACUAGUGGCAAAAGAUCCAGAGUCUCUUCGGGAACUGUUGGAGCAGGCUUUUCGUGACUUUGGAGACAGCUUCAGCAUCAGACAUACCCUAUUGCCAACUCAAGAAGCAAACGCACAAGUCCUUCUAUUAGCUGCCGGGUAUCUGCAUCGACUCCAGCCUGCAGAAUUAUACUCAAUCGGGCGGUCAUCUCUCUAUCUAAACGCAGUAUCGAAUCGACUAGCUGCCUCUUCCGAGAGAUCUCGCUUUCUAGGCAUGAUUGUCGGAAUGGCCAUCUCUGAAUUAGUUGAACCAGCAGGGCAAGCGAUGAAAUUCGAUCUUGAUGGAUUUGAUGCCGAAGAAGCAGAAUGGUAUCUGAGUUUGACCAGGGUUGACGACAAGAUGAGCUCCAUCCAGGAUCUACAGAAACUCGAAGCUGUAAAAGAAAAAAUCUGGAAGCGUGUGAAGACGACAAAACCUAACGAUACCUGGGUGCCGUCUCCUAGGAUCCAGAGGGAGAGUUCGAAGAUAGUCGCUAUUGAGGAGAUCAUGGAUGAAGAUGUUGAGGACGAAGACGAGGAAUUUAUGCCCUAUGCCAAACCAGAUAGCGAUGCUUCUGACUCCGAGGAUGAUCCAACCCUAGUGCAAAGGGGCAAACCUACAGCUCCUGUCUACAUACGAGAUUUAGUUUCCUAUCUGAAAGAUACCGACAAUGUGGACCGGUAUCACCUAGGCAUAACGAAUGCAUCCUCGCUGAUUCGCCGAAAAGCUGGAUUUGGUACUGAACUUGUUGAGAAUAUCGAUGGACUUGCAUUACUCGUUAUAAGUGCUCAAGACAAUUAUUCACUACCAAACUUCCACGAAUACCGUCUCCAAGCCAUGAUCGCUUUGCUUGCUGCUCAGCCAAUUCGUAUGGGCCGAUACUUCACAGCGACUUUUUUUGAUGGAGACCUAUCACAAGCACAGAGAUCGGCUAUCCUGACAGCUAUGGGGUUAGGUGCCAGAGAAAUCGCUGGGCAUGGAGAAGAAGAUGCCAAGGCUUUGGGACUACCCUCUACUUCUGCGCAGGCCGAUUUCGCUUCCAAGAAGCUGCCUAGUCAUCUUCAGCAGUUCUAUGAGACACAUAAAGAGGAUUCACCUAUUGGUACGCUUACUGAACAACUAUCCCGCGCAUCGCUUCAACCGUUGGCGCUUGAUGCGGCCGACGCAGCCUCAGGACCGAAUGCGCUAAAAGUCCGAACAUUCUCCUCGCGAAUGGAAGUAGAGCGACAACGUCAGCUACGUGAAGCUCAGAGGAAGAAAAAAACCGUUUCGAAGGAUUUGCACAAAGACUUGAUUGAAGGAUUCUUCUAUCCGUUGGUGGGUAGAUUUGCGGUCAUGUUGCAAUCUCGCUCUGUAUCUUCAUCGAGCUACAAUCCCUUCUACUCGGCCAACAUUCUCCGACUAUUCCUCCAGACGGUUACCCUCAUAAUAUCGACGUUGGGUCCUUAUACACCAGCCCUCCCAACAAUCAGCCAAGAAACAAUAUCCCUUAUUUUCGCGCUUCACGGCAGCGCAGUAUCAACAGAACCAAUCGUUCUACCAGCCUUACUUUCUCUAUUCCUAGCAGUUAUAGACCUGAACAUCGCGGCCGGCUCAACCGCAGAAGAGCGACUCGUCACAGACCUCGGGGUCCAAGUAAUUGAACUGAGAGAUUGGUGCAAUGACGUUUUUGAGAGAAUGCCAGCCACUACAGCUGCGAAAUCAGAUGUAAGUAAAAUGGAUGAUAUGGAGCAGACGCGGAUGUUUGCAGCUGGUAUCUUGGUCAAGUUGGGAGAAGUCGUUGAGAGAUAUCAAGGUCGAUUGAUGGGGAUUAAUGUUGGGUUUAAGUAUUGA